AUGUCUGUCGCCAUUCUCGGUGAUGCGCACGACUGUGAUCGUGCCAAAGAAGUCGGCCUUGAAUUUAUGUCGGUCGAAGAUUUAAAAAAACUAAACAAGAAUAAGAAACAGAUUAAAAAACUUGCGAAAAAGUAUGAUGCAUUCUUGGCGUCCGAGUCGUUGAUCAAGCAGAUUCCUAGACUUUUGGGUCCUGGAUUGCAUAAAGCCGGAAAAUUUCCAACCCCGGUAACCCACAACGACGACCUAAAAGCUAAAGCCGACGAACUACGCUCCACCAUAAAAUUCCAACUGAAAAAAGUCUUAUGUCUUGGCGUAGCAGUCGGACACGUGGAGAUGACUGAAGAUGAACUGGUCGCAAAUAUCAUGUUGAGCAUCAACUUUUUGGUGUCGUUGCUUAAAAAGAAUUGGCAGAAUGUGAAAAGUUUAUAUAUUAAAUCCACAAUGGGCAAGCCUGAGCGCCUAUACUGA